CCGUGGGAGCAUCCCCCUGCCCACCGACCUGCCCCCGGCUGGGUCCGGGAGUGCUCCACGCCCGCGGACCCCGCGCUCUGGGCGAGCCGGCGCCACACCUGUGGAGCCGGCGGCCGUCGAGGGUGCCGGCCGAGGUCCUGCGGCGUGCGAGCCCCGGGGAGGCGCGGCCCCUGGCUGGGCGCCGCGGGCAGCAUGGGGCUCCCCGCGCUAGAGUUCAGCGACUGCUGCCUCGACAGCCCGCACUUCCGAGAGACGCUCAAGUCGCACGAAGCGGAGCUGGACAAGACCAACAAAUUCAUCAAGGAGCUCAUCAAGGACGGGAAGUCACUCAUUAGCGCGCUCAAGAAUUUGUCUUCAGCAAAGCGGAAGUUUGCAGAUUCCUUAAAUGAAUUUAAAUUUCAGUGCAUAGGCGAUGCAGAGACAGAUGAUGAGAUGUGUAUAGCAAGGUCUUUGCAGGAGUUUGCCACUGUCCUCAGGAAUCUUGAAGAUGAACGGAUCCGGAUGAUUGAGAAUGCAAGUGAGGUGCUCAUCACUCCCUUGGAGAAGUUUCGAAAGGAGCAGAUUGGGGCUGCCAAGGAAGCCAAAAAGAAGUAUGACAAAGAGACAGAGAAGUAUUGUGGCAUCUUAGAAAAACACUUGAAUUUAUCUUCCAAAAAGAAGGAAUCUCAGCUCCAAGAGGCUGACAGCCAAGUGGACUUGGUCCGGCAGCACUUCUAUGAGGUAUCCCUGGAAUAUGUCUUCAAGGUGCAAGAAGUCCAAGAGAGAAAGAUGUUUGAGUUUGUGGAACCUCUACUGGCCUUCCUGCAAGGACUUUUUACUUUCUAUCACCAUGGUUAUGAACUGGCCAAGGAUUUUGGCGACUUCAAGACACAAUUGACCAUCAGCAUACAAAAUACAAGAAAUCGCUUUGAAGGCACUAGAUCAGAAGUGGAAUCACUGAUGAAAAAGAUGAAGGAGAACCCCUUGGAGCACAAGACCAUCAGCCCUUACACCAUGGAGGGAUACUUGUACGUGCAAGAGAAACGUCACUUUGGAACUUCUUGGGUGAAGCACUAUUGUACGUACCAGCGAGAUUCCAAACAGAUCACCAUGGUUCCGUUUGACCAAAAAUCAGGAGGAAAGGGGGGAGAAGAUGAAUCAGUUACUCUCAAAUCUUGCACACGGAGGAAAACUGAAUCUAUUGAGAAGAGGUUUUGCUUUGACGUAGAAACAGUAGACAGGCCAGGGGUUAUCACUAUGCAGGCAUUGUCGGAAGAGGACCGCAGGCUCUGGAUGGAAGCCAUGGAUGGCCGGGAACCUGUCUACAACUCAAACAAAGACAGUCAGAGCGAAGGGUCUGCACAGUUGGAUAGCAUUGGCUUCAGCAUCAUCAGGAAAUGCAUCCAUGCUGUGGAAACCAGAGGGAUCAAUGAACAAGGACUCUACCGAAUCGUGGGGGUCAACUCCAGAGUGCAGAAGUUGCUGAGUGUCCUGAUGGACCCUAAAACAGCUUCAGAAACUGAAACCGAUAUCUGUGCCGAAUGGGAGAUAAAAACCAUCACUAGUGCUCUGAAGACCUAUCUAAGAAUGCUUCCAGGGCCACUCAUGAUGUACCAGUUUCAAAGAAGUUUCAUCAAAGCAGCAAAGCUGGAGAAUCAAGAGACUCGUGUCUCUGAAAUACAUAGCCUUGUUCAUCGGCUCCCAGAGAAAAAUCGGCAGAUGUUACAAUUGCUCAUGAACCACUUGGCAAAUGUUGCUAACAAUCACAAGCAGAAUUUGAUGACUGUGGCAAACCUUGGUGUAGUGUUUGGACCCACUCUGCUUCGGCCUCAAGAAGAAACAGUGGCAGCCAUCAUGGACAUCAAAUUUCAGAACAUUGUCAUUGAGAUCCUAAUAGAGAACCACGAAAAGAUAUUUAACACUGUGCCUGAUGUGCCACUCACCAAUGCCCAGCUACACCUGUCUCGGAAGAAAAGCAGUGACUCCAAGCCCCCAUCCUGCAGUGAGAGGCCACUAACACUCUUCCAUGCUGUGCAAUCAACAGAGAAACAAGAACAAAGGAACAGUAUCAUCAACUCCAGUUUGGAAUCUGUCUCAUCGAAUGCAAACAGCACCCUUAAUUCCAGUAGCAGCUUACAACCCAACAUGAAUUCCAGUGACCCCGACCUGGAUGUGGUUAAGCCCACCCGACCCAACUCACUCCCCCCGAAUCCAAGCCCAACUUCACCCCUCUCGCCUUCUUGGCCCAUGUUCUCGGCACCAUCCAGCCCUAUGCCCACCUCAUCCACGUCCAGCGACUCAUCCCCCAUCAGGUCUGUUGCAGGGUUUGUUUGGUUUUCUGUUGCUGCCGUUGUUCUCUCAUUGGCUUGGUCCUCUCUUCAUGCAGUGUUCAGCCUCCUCGUCAACUUUGUUCCCUGCCAUCCAAACCUGCACUUGCUUUUUGACAGGCCAGAAGAAGCGGUUCAUGACAACUUCAGCACACCAUUCCGGAAGGCCAAGGCCUUGUACGCAUGCAAAGCUGAGCAUGACUCGGAACUCUCCUUCACAGCAGGAACAGUCUUCGAUAAUGUUCAUCCAUCUCAGGAGCCUGGUUGGUUGGAGGGGACUCUAAAUGGAAAGACUGGCCUCAUCCCGGAGAACUACGUGGAGUUCCUUUAACUGUGGGCCCCAGAAGAGCUGCUGAGCUUUAUGCGGUCUCCAUGGCAACUGCUCAUUCUAGUGUUGUGGGCCACAUCUCAUUGAGAAAGCAGGAAGACUGCAGAUUGCUACCUGUCAACACAAAUGUGUCUGAGAACUCACCUCACCAUUCUCCAUGAUCCUCUCAGCUGACACGUGGCAACGCUGCAAGAAGCAAAAGUCAAUCAGCAGGAGAGGCCAUUUGAUUGUGAUAACCUAGAGAAAGGCUUGGAAAGCUGUUCUCUAGUGAGUGCCCUAAAUAGGGAGAGCUGAUUUUUGUGUCAAGUCACUCAAACCCCCAAACUUUGGAAAGAGGAAGUGAAACAUGAGAAGUCCCCAAGAGCGCACAGCAAAGAAUCUUGUGCCCAGAUCCAGCAGGGACCACUGCUUUUGUUUACAGCAGACACACUUUCUCUCCACCUCCUAAUCUUGGAGACCCACAGUGCUGCAGGCAGCUGGGUCCAUCUGUUUGCCAGUAGGAUGGAGAGCAGUUACAGCCCUGUUUAUUUAAGAUCUGAUCUUUUGCCAUCUUUAAAGUAGCCUUUGUCCCAUCAUCAGCAAAAGUCAGUUCAUUCCUCUCAAGCAAAGGAACACGUGCACCCCACAUUCACCCUUCCUGAGCUAAGAACUUCUCUGCUGCUGCCUGGUAACCAUGGCAACCCAACCUAUUCUAAAAUCAAACCAAAAAAAUACUUAACACGCUGUCUUUGCAUGGCAUACUUCCUUUCUCUUCCCAUUUUGGUAGUUUUAUGGAAUGGUCUUCCAACAACAUGGAGCAAAGGAUCAAAGAAUUGGGCUGGCUUACCUGGGACAGACAGAAUAACAGCUGAGGAUUUGUUCCCUUUCUGAUAAAUUUCAGCAGCAUCAGGAUAUAUUUGGAACAAAUUCUAGUAGCCCCUUACAGUUAAACCACACACAGGCUUAAUAUUUUCUUUCUCCAUGCAGUUGGUGUUUGCUUGCUAGGGGGAAAAUUUGCUUCUAUGAGCUAUGCCAUCUGACUAGUUCUUCAUGUUCUCGCUUUCACUCAUUCCUGCACCUGCCCUUGCUGUCAUUCUCAUCUGGACCAUUACUGAGCAGCCUCCUGGCUGUGCUUCAGGCCACUGAGCACUGGUGCCCUGUGGACUUGGGGGACAACUCCUGAACUUGACCCAUGGCCUAGAGUUAAGGACGUCUGUGUUCACUGCCACCCAGAAAAGGGAAUUAAUCUCAGACUUUCUAAACAUGAGCUUAACAUCACAGUUCAUUGUGAUUCAGGAAGACACCAACAGUUUGGGCAUGAAGGCUUUCCCUUUUAAGUAAGGGAAUUUCCUGGUUGAAAGGGCUGUGGAAGAUUGCGUUGAUGGGAGGUUCCAUCUGAAUAUCGUAAAUUCACUUGACCUCCAAAGAACAAAAUAAUCAUAUUCUACAUGUGAAUGCCCUUGAAGAGGGACUCCAGAAUGUCCUUGAAGAGGGACUCCAGACAGACUUAACUGUAACACUUCCCAAGAACCCCUCUGAUGGCAGCGAUGCCCUGGAGAAUGUUUCUUGCUUCUGGAAUUCCGUUAGGGACCUCUCAAGAAGAAAAGAAAAACUUGAAUUGUGUUGAAUUACUGUAUCUUUUACUUUUUUUAAAAAAAGAUAAACUUGUACAUAGAGUGAUUUGAAAUACUAUAUGGCAAAGUUUUAUAUUUGAUAUUCUUGAAGCUAGUUGCUCCAUACAUUUAGGCUUUGACUGCUGAACAAGCUUUUUAGAGGAUGGGGGAGAAGGCAAGGCUGAAGAGUUUAAGGUCAUUAUCCUUUCUGGCUCAGUGAAAGGAAAAGGUAUUUCUUUGUGUUCUCUUGUUAGUGAGCCAAACACAUUAACAGUGUUCAGCAUUCAGUGUUCUUGAUCUACCUAUGUUUCUGAGCAUUCCUUGGGCUUUAGAUUUGGAGUUGGAAAGAACAUCUUGAGGUAAUGAGAUUUCAGAUAACACAGACAGCUCAGGAUUUAAAUAGAUGGGACCAGGGGUGAAAUUUGGUUUUGCAGUUUUCUUCUCAGGUGUAUUUCUUGGUACCCCAGAUGUCAGGACAGAAGGAGAUGAGGCACUUAUUGUACUCCUUACUCCUUACUUUCCACAGCUUCUAAGGCUUUAUAAAUUAGACCAGGUUAGUUUGCAAACUAUGUACAUGCGCUUGUUAAAAAGCUGACUGCUUAGAUCUUUAGGUUCUUGAUGUGCUGCUGCUUUCCCUUUCUGUAGUGAUGUUCUGCUCUUUCCAUUCAUCUCCAAAUACCCUAUAGCCCUCAUAUAAAAAAAGAUCCCCAGAAGAAUGUAGAUUGUGCCAUUACAGGUGGCUUUAAAGUUAACAAGAGCUCAUCAUUGUGAUUGACUAGUCAUGAGUUUUCCAGCUGAAUUAGUACCCUUAACUCUCAUUGCCAGGCACCAUUGACUCAGUCCCAUAAUCCACAAGGCAGAGAGUAGAAGGAUUGUAGUCCAAGGCCAGGCUGGGCAGAAAAAUUCUUGAGACACUAUCUUUAAAAUAACCUACAAAAGGCAAGGCUGCAGGUAUUACUUAUAUGAUUGAACACCAGACUAGCAAGUAUAUGGCUCUGAAUUCAAAUUGAAUAAAAGAUAAGAAAAAAGAAAGCUAUCAUUGAACACCCAAGAAGAAAAGCAAUAAUGGGUACUAGAAUUGUUUCCCUUGAACAAUGGAAAAGAAGUUGGGAAAUGGGUCUCAAGGCAUCAUUGCACUUUCCAAAUCAAAAGAAUACAGCAUAAUGCUUUUGAUUUGUUUCUUUCAAUUGUCACCUGCCCCAUCAUAAUUCAAGCACACUUGUAAAUACAUGUCAUCCAGUCUGCCAUUUGGGAGCAUGUUCUUCCCUCCUGAGUUGCUACCAAGAGGAUCUCUGAAGUGUACAUCUUCACCUCUUUGAGGCCCUGUAUGACAGAUGGCCACGUUAGUAUCUGGACUGACAUCCUUUGUCCCCAUUAGUUAUAGAACUAGAGGAGCUGUUUAGCAUAUGAGCCCAACAAGAAGGAAGGAAUUUGAAGAUUAAAAAUAAAUUCUCUCCACUAUCCAUGCUCCCACUCUACUCCUAACAUACUCUCCCUCUCUCCCAACAUCCCCCUCUCUCCCUCUCCCUUUCCCUAUACCUCUCCCUCCCUCCCUCUCUCUGCUUCUUUAGGGAACUUUAGAGCUGAUCAGGGGAAUAAAUAUCAGAGUAGAAGUACAUUGACCAAAACCCCAAAGUUCUUCUGGGAGCAUCAGGUUUUCUUUGAAAGGCCUUAGGAGGAACAGUUAGCCGUAGCCAGAAUUCCAUUGGGUAUUGAGAUCAGUCUCAUGCUUUACACAAAGUUCCAUAGCUCAACAAUGCUGUGCCAUUGAAAGCUAGUUUCAGAUCUCUGUCUCCAGGCAAAUGGAUUCCUGAUUUGCUCAAGACUAAUGAAAAUUCUCUUUAGUAUUUCUAACUGAAUAUAUGGGAAUAAACCCUCUAUAGUACAAACUUUAUUGGUAUUCUAGAAUGGGAGCCAACUGCAGAUACUUCUAAAGCUAAAAUGUGUCUUAUGAAUGCUGUUUGACAGAGGGGCAAAGAAAAAGAAAAUGAGCAAUAAGUAUUGUCACCAACAGGUCAAAGCUAAUGACAAGAUCAUUUCACGCACCUGCCUAGGACCCCAGAAUUGUAUGUGUCUCCUAAAAGUGGUAUCCCUAGUCACCCUGAAAGGCUCUCCUAAAACAUCAGUGGUUGAGGGACAGGGUGAUAGAACACCGAAGAUAGUGUGACAGUAUGUUUGUGACUGUCUUUUGGCACUUUUCACCCUCUGGCAUCUGGCUUCAACUAUAAACCUGGAUCAUUCAAGUUUUAUGGACAUAGGACUCAGGUAGGGCCAGUGGCCAUCACGACACCAAAAAUUCUCUCUAGUAUUAAAUGUUCUGUAAGCAGUCUUAUUGUCUAAGUAGAGAGCCCGCAUCAGUGAGACCAGGGAUCUUCUUAGCUACUUGACUUUCCAAAGAAUGCCCUAGGUGUUCUGCCUAGGGAGUUAGUUAUCUGUUAUCUUUGUCCAACUUGACAAUGAUCAGUCAAGCUGACAAUCCUGCCCCACAACCCUUUCAAGUUAGCUGGAGUCCUCUCACACACCCUGUGCUGGUGUUUUAAAAAUGCACCUUGUCAUGCUCAAAUGUGCUUGGCAGCCACGCUGAUAUGCUGGGUGCUGAAGCACUUCUCUGUAAUUGUAGCAUCAAAGGUGAGCAGUGAACCUUCACAACCUUCUAGCCUGCCUGAGACAAGACUCCAACAAGUAAUAAUUAGCUUUCUUCCUGCCUGCCGCCUACAGUACUCAACGAGCUGAAAGAGCCUCCCAAUGCAGAUAGGGGCCAGAUGGAGAAUCUGAUAUCAUUCAGAGGCAGCCCUUGCUGAAAUGCAGCUUUCUCAAGGAAGAAAAAUACUAGGUAGAACCAAAGCCACCAUCAGAGAGGAGGUGAACCAUUCUGAGGAAUUUUAGAUUUGUUUUUUAGAGAGAAUAUUCUUAAGAGGAAAAGUGAUAUCACAACUGGUAUUUUGUACAAAAGUUUGCAAGACAUUAUAAGGCAGACGGUUUAGAGAACAAAGACUGACCCUGGUUCUAGACUCACUGGAAGGGGAGCAGUUAGUAAUUUUGUCAAAAUUCACAGUAGUGUAGUUGGUAAGAACCAGGGUUUGAUAACCAAAAUGUCUUUUGGCACAAUUCCACAGAGGCUGAGUCUCUGCCAUUCUGUAUCACCAUUCCUAUAGUCAUCCAAAUGUAUACCAAUUAAGUAGCUUUCUUGAAGACCAGAUCCAUGUUACAGCUAUGAAAAGAUACAUCUGUGAUUCUAAAGUAGGUGUGUAUUGUGUGUGUGUGUGUGUGUGUGUGUGUGUGUGCAUGCACAUCUGUACAUGUUUGGGUAGGGCACCUCUCGACAUUGGUAAAGUGACAGACUCUCACCUAGAGACCCACAAGACCUGGCAUUUCCUCAGCUUUUAUAACCUUUAAGAUUUGGAGGUUGAGAAUUAGAAAAAUGAGCAGCUGUUGAUUGCCUAGCAAAAGAUCAAAGAUGUAUAUUAAGUGCCAUUUAAAAAUUGUGGUCAUAUUUAUCAAAUAGUUAUCUGCAGCUAUAUUCCUCAUUAACUUAUUAAAAGUCAUGUGGAAAAAGAAAUCAAACCCAUGAAUGCUUAGUAACUAGUGCUAGGCUAGUGUUCUAAAGCACUCUAAAAGACAUUUUGUCCAUAUUUUAGGAGAGAAACUAUUUGCAUGUUUAAUUCAUAAUUUAGGCUACAUUUGAGUAUACUGUAAAGUGUGUGAUAUAAUAUCAAUAAAGUACUUAAAAUGGCACUUUAAUGUUUUCUUUUAAAAUCCAUAAAUAAUGCACUGCUUUAAAUUUCAGUAUUGAAUAUUGACUGGUGCAUAGAACCAGAUUCCAUAAUUAAAAAGUAAUCUGUGAUUAGGAUAGAACUUUUUCCCUGUUACUAGAAAAAAAACAACUUUUGCCAUGUUCUGGCUUUUUAAAAACUGUACUUUUGUGUUACUAUGCAUAUCUAUAAAGAAAUCACAAUUUCUGUCCAGUGGCUUUCCUACCUUUCGUUGGUUUAUGUGACAAUCUAUGAAAUGAGUGGAAGUAUGAUUUUUGCAUUAAAUGACUUUUCCAUUUG